AUGCCUACAAGCGAAGCCACAACUGUGCAAUUUAAUAGGACGUUUGUGAAUUAUAAUGACGCGCUAUCGCAAUCAAAUCCUCCUUCAUAUAAUAAUUCGUCAAGCAUCACUGUAAAUGGAGGUCACAAACCAAAUAAUUUGAGUUUAAAUGAUUCCAGAUUAAAAAAGAUUUAUUCUGUGGUUGGAGAUACAAUUGGAAUGGCCCCAUUGGCUAGUCCUGAAAGUCUUUCUGAAAUGUCAAGUGUAAGUAGUUUGCAAAAUGGUGAUUAUACGCCCGAAGAGAAGCAUCUUCUAUCAGAUUUUGAAUCUCAAAUGCACACUCCUAAAAUACUAAGGCGUGCUCCCAAAAUAAAUGCUCCGCUUUCUAACAUUGAUUGGAAAACCAUAGAGGAGUAUCAGACGCUUGGUCAGGUAUUUUUUACAAAUCCAAAAAAAGUGCCUUCCAAUGAUGACCUAAAUUCAUCAGAUAUCAUGAUAGAUGACACAUUUGACUAUACAAAUUUUAAUAAACAUCAGUUUGAAAUGUAUCGAAAACAUGAGAGUUCAAGGUCAGAUAACAGCCUUGAUGAGACAGAGCAAUUCGCAAAUAAUAGUACAAAAUUAGGGAUGAGUGAUAGCGCCAUACAUAAUCGAAAGUCCAACGCACUCGCUAUUGAAAUUGGAAUUGUGAAAGGCGCAAAUACAGUUUCUAGUAGUGGAACUUAUGCUAGUGCAGUAUCAUCGCUAAGUGGUUUACAAAACUAUAGUAAUGGUAGAUUAGUCACGAAAAUGAAUGUGUUUGAAGAAGAAGAGUAUUUCAUGAGCCGAGUUACGCCAGAAGGCGUAAUUGAAUCUCAUUUCCCAGUUUAUCAUGACUUUCACGAAGGACCAGACUAUAGGUUUGAUAGUAAAAAUAAAGCUUCGAAUUUUGAAAUAAACAGUAACAGUUGCAGCACAAUUGGCAAUGAGUCUCUUCCUUUGUUGGCUAACUUAAAUGAGCGUACGGUGAAUGUCACGAAUGCUGCCAACUAUGUACGAAGGAAAAAGUAUGUAUACCCAAUAGGAAGAAGUGCAGCCGUUCAUGGUUCGCCGAGUUAUAGAGUAAGUUCAUCAACUGUGUCACCGAAAUUCUCCAGGUCUAGUCAAUCAAUUAAUAAAAACGAAAGUAGCGUAUAAAUGAUUCAAAAGAAAAUUAAAAGAUCAUUCAGUGCUUUUCCGUUACCGUACAUGAUACCUAGGCUGUUUUCUACUAUUUUAGACAAAUUUUACAUUGUUAGUUAUAUAAAAUAGAUUAGUAAUGUUACUUCAUCAUGAUAAGCUGAUACAUCAGAUAGAACGUAUUGCAUAUUAUUGUUCGAAAAAUCUAUAAGAAUUUUACAGUAACCAUCACUUUUUGACAAAUAAUUUAUUUCACUUCUUAGCAAAACAUUUUUAUCUCAUGGAAAUAGUGUCAAAAGA